GCUUGUCCAGCUUGGCGAAUCAGUGAGAGGAAAAGAUAUAUUUUUGAUAGGAACAGGAACCAAAGAUGUAAAUAAUUCAAUUAUGGAGCUUCUCAUCAUGAGUUACUGUGCCAAGACUGCCAAUGCUAGAAGAACUGUUGGAGUCAUACCAUAUUUACCAUAUAGUAAACAAAGUCAAAUGAGAAAAAGGGGAUCAAUUGUCUCAAAAUUACUUGCACAAAUGCUGUGUAAAUCAGGAAUGAACCACAUUAUUACUAUGGAUUUACAUCAUAAGGAAAUUCAAGGUUUUUUUGAUAUACCUGUAGACAAUCUUAGAGCAUCGCCGUUUAUGUUACAAUAUAUACAAGAAAAUAUUCCAGAUUUUAGGAAUGCUGUUAUUGUUGCCAGAAAUCCUGGUUCAGCCAAAAGAGCCACAUCAUUUGCAGAGCGGCUUCGAUUAGCAUUAGCUGUUAUCCAUGGAGAGCAGAAAGUUUCAGAGUCAGAAGUUAUUGAUGGAAGACAUUCUCCGCCCACUAUAUCACAGCACAGAGUGGUAGGGAUUGGUCUGGAAAUGGUACCAAUGUUAACUGCAAAAGAAAAGCCACCGAUCAAUGUUGUAGGUGAUGUUGGUGGUAGAAUAGCAAUUAUAGUGGAUGAUAUGAUAGAUGAUGUUGAAUCGUUUGUAAAUGCUGCUGAGAUUCUCAAAGAAAGGGGUGCGUAUAAAAUCUAUGCAAUGGCAACACACGGUUUAUUAUCUUCAGAUGCACCAAAGAAACUAGAAGAGUCUGUUAUUGAUGAGGUUGUAGUGACAAAUACUAUUCCACAUGAACUACAGAAACUACAGUGUAAUAAAAUCCAGACUAUUGACAUCAGUGUAAUUUUAGCAGAAGCUAUCCGACGUAUCCACUUUGGGGAGUCCAUGUCCUAUCUCUUCAGAAACAUUGCCUCCGAAGACUAACUGGGUUGGUUGGCAUUCAAUUGCCGAUUAUUGCCUUGUUUUAUCGGGAGAUUUUCAACACUUGCCUGGAAUUGCUGCUGCUACUUAUAUUUUUGUGUGGGCAAAAUGUGUGUGGCAUAUAUACAAAGAAGAUUUGGUGUAAAGGCUUUUUUGUGUUUUUUUUACACCUGUAAAAUUUGCUUACUUACUUGUCUUCUAUGCUAACAUAAUACGCUAUAAUAUGCUUUCUUGUAUCAUACAAUAAUUCAGUAAAUAUUCUUAACAUGUAAGUUUGUAAAUGUUCACCAAGAUUCCCUACUUUUGGCCAUCUUAAAAAACUUGAUACAUUUGAAUACCGAAGUACUUAUGACGAGAUCUUAAUUUGGUAUGCUUGUGAUUUCUUUUCAUGGGACUAAUAAUAUAAUUGUUGACUAGACUGACUAGAUAACCAGUGUUCCACACUGAGCUGUAGUAUCCGCUCUUAAUAUGUACCCAUAUUGGCAUCAGACAGAUUACUGUCAGAUUAAAAUUUUACCAGCCUUUUUUGGUGUUAGUCUAAGCUUGCAUACUGGACACUUGGUUAAAUUCUUGUGAGAAAAGUUCAUAAACUAAGUCUUGCAUGAUAGUGUGGUAAUUUCCUUAAAUCAGAGAAUGUUUCCAGAUGUCACAGCUCUUAAUAAAACUGUUAUAUCACUACAUUAUAUUUUCUAAAAGCUGCUGUAUUAUUUGCAAGACUUUAAUUCUCAAAAAAACAUUGCCUAUCUGUAUUUCUAUAUUUAUCCAAAAUCUAACAACCUCCAUUUCUUUGCUAAUCCGUAGUAAUAGCAGCAUUGAUACAAUAUAACGCUAGGUGCAUUUAUUAACUAUUUUCUGAAGGAGUAAAGGUGCUUAACACACUGCCUGCUUUAGGGAUGGUCUUGCAUCGAAACGGAAGCUCAGAAAACUUUUUUUGUUUCAGUCUUGACCCCCCUUUCCCUAAAUAAAAUUUGAAUAGUACAAAAUAGCAACUUGAACUAUGAUUACUAUAUGAUAUACACCAUUACCGGUACUGUACACCAUUACUGAACACCAUUACUAUACACCAUUACUAUAUGAUAUACACCAUUACUUUACACCAUUACUAUAUGAUAUACACCAUUACUGUACACCAUUACUAUAUGAUAUACACCAUUACUGUACACCAUUACUAUACACCAUUACUAUAUGAUAUACACCAUUACUAUACACCAUUACUAUAUGAUAUACACCAUUACUGUACACCAUUGCUAUAUGAUAUACACCAUUUCUAUAUGAUAUACACCAUUACCGGUACUAUACACCAUUACUAUAUGAUAUACACCAUUACUGUACACUAUUACUAUACACCAUUACUAUAUGAUGUACACCAUUACUAUAUGAUAUACACCAUUACCGGUACUAUACACCAUUUCUAUAUGAUGUUACUAUGCUAAGUAAUUUUGAAGUUGCUGUGUGGCGUUUAAACCUGGCAGCUUUUGCUACAUUGUACUAGUGUACAUUUCACUAAAUGUUCGAACAGUGUGUGUUGCUGUGUAUUUUUUUCUUACUUUUCAUACUUGGCAAAAAAAAACAUUGUUUUCUGAGCUUGUGUGGCAAUGCAAGACCCUUAAUGUUUUGUAAUGCCUUUUGCCUUUAGCAUUAACCAACUUGUGCUAGCAAACUUAACUGCUAUUGAUAUUAAUUUAUUUUAUAUACACAGCACUGCUUAAGGGCAAGAGCUGGUGUAUUUUGACAAUUUGAAAUCAUGUUCAUUGUAUUACAAUUCCUGCUUGUUUUGGGUGUACCUAAUAUUAAAACUAUGACAAUUUCAUAAAAGAUUUUGUGUAUUUUAUUCAAUAACCAGUUGUGUUUGCAUAAACUCAUUUCCCCUCCAUAUUAUGUAUCAAAAAGUCCAUUAUUAUUAUGUAGUGGUCUUCAAGAGAAUGCUUCAAUUAUCUUCACUAUUUGUAUAGGAAAGAUGUGGUAAUUGAAGAUUUCUAAAAUAUUAUCAUGGUACCUACUAUGCUUGAAAGGUUCUGAAAAGAACACAAAAACAAUAGCAUUUAGAGUUCUGUAAAAAAAAUAAUCAUAUUUGCCCUUUGUUUACAUGGACACAGCAACAAUGUAGCAUUUGAUAAUCGUCCAAGCACUUCAUUGUUUGUGUUUGCUCAUUCUUGUCUUGCUAAGUUACGACUGGAAUCAAACAAAAAGAUGUCACCGUAUGGGAUUAUAAUAACCUUGUAUAAUUUGAUUCCUGUGUCAGUUACUUGUAUUUUCCACAAGUAAAUAGAUUAUGUUGUUGAAUAAAAUAAAAAGGUAUUUUUUUAGUCUGCAAAUGAA